AUGGAUGGAGGAGGGGGAGGGGGCGGCAAGGGAAGGGACGAGGGGAAGGGGGCGGGCAAGGGGGAGGGCGACGAGAGGGAGGAAGGGAAGGGGAAGGAGGCAAACAGGGAGUCUGUUGGUUUCAAGCCAGCUAGAGAGCCAGACACGUUUGUUGCCAUGGAGGAAGUGGAGGCAACUUAUAAGAGGGCCACCGCUGGUGCCCGGAUGCUAGAGAUGAAGAGCUCGGGAUCUAUGACUAGACGAUGGAGGAGAGACGGAGGAGCAAUGGAUGAGCGACGGACGAGUGAGGGACGAGCGAGUGAGAAAAUGCAGAAUGAGAGAGGCCAGUGUUGGUUGCAUUUGAAGAAGGAGAAAUAUGAGGGUAUCAUGAUCUCUCUUCUUGCUUUAUUCUGCGCUCUCAUGGCUCGACGAGCAACAUCCUCUUCUAUCUCUUACAAAUGGGCUUAUGAUGUGUUCCUCAGUUUUCAUGGUGAAGAUACUCGCUUAGGUUUCAUCAGCUAUCCCUAUGAAGCUCUGUGCCAAAGAGGAAUUCAUGCCUUUAUUGAUGAUGAAGGAAUCAAGACAGGGGAAGAAAUCACACCAGCACUUUUCAAAGCCAUACAAGAAUCAACAAUAGCCAUUGUGGUUUUUUCUGAAAACUAUGCAAACUCAACAUUUUGUUUGGAGGAACUAGUGAAGAUUAUGGAGUGCUUCAAGGAAGAAGGUCAGUUGAUAUAUCCAAUAUUUUAUUAUGUGGAUCCAUCGGAGCUUCGACGUCUGAGAGGAAGCUAUGAGGAGGCAUUGGCGAGACUGGAGGAAGGAUUCAAAGACAACAAGCAGAAGGUGCAAAAAUGGAGGCUGGCUUUGUCUCAAGCUGCUGAGCUCAAAGGCUAUCAUUUCAAACCAAAGUAUAUCUUCUUACCCUUUCCCCCCCAUUCUUUUGCUAUAGUCAGUUAG